CUCGUAUCUCCACGACUCCACUGCCGACGGACUGGACGAUUCACCAUAGUUCUGAUUAGAUGUGGUUAAAAAUCCACCAGACAUGUAGCUGCAUCGUUCAUGAUGUCUUCCGAGCGUUCGUGCCCCAACCUCAUGAACGUAUACCAAUUUCCAAUGUCCAUAUCCUAUACCUGUUAUUCCCCUUCGUGCCACUAAUUUACAUGGGAUACCUUGCGAGACGGCCCGACACGUUUACCUCACGUCUUUUACUCCUCCCGUUGGUGGUCGCAGUUGCCGUCGGGACUUACUUUCGUUUCGUGUGGACAGAGCCACGUCUCAACAUCUACAACUGGGGCCAGUGUCUAAUCGCAGAAAUCAUGGGCGCCAAAGCAAUAAGUUUUGCAUGCAACAAAGAGGGAAUGCUCAAGGUCGAUGAGGUUCGGCCGGGUGUCGCAAGAAAUUCUGACGCUAUCAAAGCUAAUGGUGAUGCGCAUGCAAAACCAGUCCGGUCAGAACUAGUUGGCUCUGCGCUUGCUUGGCUAUAUGAUGCUUUGGAAGUAAUUCUCUCCUACCGGGGCCUGGGUUGGAAAUUUGGUGUCGGGGUUCAUGUACCUCAUGAUGAGAGGUCUCUCGAACGGAAUUCAUUCCUGUUUGCGACAUUGACAUCAUUUCUUAAAAACUACCUGAUCUUCGACCUCUUCGAGUCUUUCGUCAAGCUAGUACCUGACGUUGGAACUCCCCACGGCGGCACCAUUUUCAAGGCGGAACUACCCUUCCUUUAUAGAUACGCGCUUUCUACAGCCAUUCACAUUUCAACUGGCUCUUGCAUUUUGGCAGGCUUCGAACUCUCUUACGACUUCAUCACGAUCUUUGCGGUUUUAUUCUUGGGAAGCUCUCCGUCGGCGUGGCCUCCUGUGAUGGACCACCCUUGGCAGGCUGACUCCCUUCAUAGUUUUUGGGCCAAGCGUUGGCACCAAAUUUUUCGACAAACCUUCUUUGUCUUUGGAGGAUUCCUUGGCAGGAUUCUCGCAGGAAACAUGGGCAUGCUAUUCGGAACAUUUAUCGGGUCUGGAUUAUACCACGAAUUCGCUGCAUAUGCACUUGGGAGAGGUUUUGAUAUCAUCGUUCCCAUGUUUUUCGCGCUGCAAGCUCCUCUGCUGCUUUGUGAAAGGGUUUGGUGCAAGUACACAGGAUGCCGCGUCGGUGGAUUAUACGGGAGGUUAUGGGUCUAUUUUUGCAUCAUCAUACUCGGGCAACCUUUGUCGGAUUCUUGGUAUCGGAGAGGUCUCGGUGGUGGGCUCAUGAUUCCUCCUUCAUUAAGUCCUACUCGCCAGUUUAUUAUACCAUCUAUUCGCCAUUCCCUUAAUGGCACAGGCACCGAUAUCCUAGAACUCUUCGUUGGAUCUACGUAGUUGAUACUGCAUUUUGCUAUCGCGAUGCUGUGAUUAUUGAUAGAUAUUGGUUGGUCUUGCAAGUGCACUCGACGAAAGAAUAUCACCACAUUGAGUCCUAG